AUGGCUGCAAAGUGUCCCAAGCCCAUGAAGGCUAACUCUGAUGACAUCGCCAGCCGCAGCUGGGCUGAGGCCGAGUCCUGGUACCACAGCAAGAACACCAAGCUGGAGACGGCAGUGACCCAGUCAGAGCAGCAGGGAGAGGCGGCCCUGAGCGACGCCCGCUGCAAGCUGGCAGAGCUGGAGGCCGCCCUGCAGAAGGCCAAGCAGGACAUGGCCUGCCUGGUCAAGGAGUACCAGGAGGUGAUGAACUCCAAGCUGGGCCUGGACAUCGAGAUCGCCACCUACAGGCGGCUGCUGGAGGGUGAGGAGCAGAGGCUGUGUGAAGGCAGCAGUGCUGUGAAUGUCUGUGAGUCAUUCUGGCCCUGAAGGGUAACACCGAAGUUAAACAGUGGGAAGAACGUUUGAGCUCUGAAGGUGGAGAGGCCCAGGGAGAUGAAGGGGUUUCCUUCAUUUCCUGCCCCCACAGUUACGAAGAGGGAGCUGGUUAAUGGGUCACGAGUGGAGUAAUUCCUCAUGCCAUGCCCGUCGAAGUGAAAGUCUUACUUUCUAGAGUCUUACUUACUAGAGUAAGAAGGGAUUGAGAUGAAACCACAAGAUGGACUCCCUCCCCGUGAAGGCUGGGACAGGCCACAGGGAGGCUCAUGUAGUCUUCCUUUAACCUUGGAAAUGUGGAUGAGCAAGCAUCCAUCUGGGUGGUCUUGGGUGGUAGGGCGAGAGUUCUGGUCCCCACACCACCAAAGAUUCUGACUUAUCAUUGUCCCUGUGCAGGUGUGCGCAGCUCUCAGGCAGAGUUGUACGCGGGGAUGUCUCAGUCACCCAUUUCUGUGGCAUC